AUGGUCGACAUCACGACGCAGGCGCGGCAGUACGCCGACACGCUCCGCACCGACCCUGCCGGCUGGCGCCUCAAGGUCUCCGAGGACUCGCACGGCCAGCACAAGUGGCUCUACCUCCCCCCCGAGCAGCGCGAUGCCUGGCCGCAGACCGCCGUCGACAAGUACUCGAUGGGCGAGCCGACCGGGCUGCCCGACCAGCCAAAGGCCAAGACGCCCCUCGAGGCGGCACGAAACGGCCUGCGCUAUUACCGCGAGCUGCAGAGCGAGGACGGCCACUUUGCGACCGAGUACGGCGGCCCGCUCUUCCUCACGCCCGGCCUCAUCAUCGCCCUCCAGGUCUGCGGUGUCGAGCUCCCGCAGCCCAAGAAGGACGAGCUCAAGCGGUAUCUCCUCAACAAGCUGCGCCCCGAGGGCGGCUGGGGUCUGCACACCGCGGCGCCCCCGACGGUGUACGGCACGGUCAUGAACUAUGUCUGCCUGCGCAUGCUCGGCAUGGGGCCGGACGAGGGGCCAAUGACCGCGAUCCGCGCCAAGAUUCACGAGUUUGGCGGCGCCGUCGCGAUCCCGACGUGGGGCAAGCGCCGCGCUAACAACAGGUGCUUGCCGGACUGGGUGCCAUUCGCACCGUGGCGGUGGUGGAUUCACGUGCGACUCGUCUUCACCCCGAUGGCGUGGCUGUGGGGCGCGCGCUUUGUCGCCCCCCAGACGGAGCUCGUGCGCGAGCUCCGCAAGGAGAUCUACGUGCAGCCGUACGAGUCGAUCGACUGGCCGCGGCAGCGCAACAACACGCACAAGGUCGAUCUGUACUCGCCGCACCACCCGGUCUACGACGCGCUGAAUGCCAUUCUCGGCGUCUACGAGAAGAUGCCGUACCUCCCGUGCGUGCCGGGCCUGCGCAAGGCGGGCAUGCGCGCGGCGUACCGCCAGAUCGUGUACGAGGACGAGAACACGGGGUACCAGACCGUCGGACCCGUCUCCAAGGCGUUCAACAUGAUCUGCCGCUUCGCGCAGGAGGGCCCCGACUCGGAGGCGGUGCGCAUGCACAAGAGCCGCGUCGACGACUUCCUGUGGCUGUCCAAGGACGGCCUGUUCAUGACGGGCACGAACGGCUCGCAGCUGUGGGACAUUUCCUUCCUCGCGCAGGCGGUCGUCGAGACGGGCCUCGCGGACGAGGCCGAGAACAAGCAGACCGUGCUCGGCAUGCUCGACUGGCUCGACAAGUGCCAGAUCCGCCACAACCCCAAGUGGUACCGCGCGGGCUACCGCCAGAGCUCCAAGGGCGCGUGGCCGUUCUCGACGCCCGAGCAGUCGUACACGGUGUCCGACUGCACGGCCGAAGGACUCAAAGGCGUGAUCGCGCUCCAGAGCCUGUCGUACACGGACAAGCCCGUCACGAUCGACCGCAUGCGCGACGCCGUCGACGUGCUCCUCAGCAUGCAGAAUCCGUCCGGCGGGUUCGCGUCGUACGAGCUGAUGCGCGGAAGCGCCAAGCUCGAGGCGCUCAACGCCGCCGAGGUGUUCGGCGACAUCAUGGUCGACUACAUGUACCCCGAGUGCACGACGAGUGCGCUGUCCGCCCUCACGUACUUCAAGAAGCUCGACGCGCAGUACCGCGCGGCGGACAUUGAAAAGUGCGUCGACAAGGCGAUCCGGUGGAUCCACUCGGUGCAGCGCCCCGACGGCUCGUGGUACGGCUCGUGGGGCAUCUGCUUCACGUACGCGACCAUGUUUGCGCUCGAGUCGCUCGCGAUCGCGGGCGAGACGUACGAGAACAGCGAAAGUGUGCGCCGCGCGUGCUCCUUCCUGCUUAGCAAGCAGAUGGAGGACGGCGGCUGGGGCGAGACGUACAUGUCCGCCCCCGACGGCAGCUGGCUGCAGGAGGACACGGAGGGCAUCUUCAACAAGAACUGUGCCAUCGACUAUCCCGCCUUCAAGUUCAUUUUCUGCAUCUGGGCCCUCGGCCGCGCGCAAAAGUAUCUCGACGCCAACCCUUAG